AUCACGCCGCUAAGAAGGUGCAGGCGGGAUUACAAGAAAUUAGCAGCCCCUUAAUUGGGCAACGGCGAGGUGUUGGUUUGGCCCGUCUUGAAGGAACCGUUGGGUUUAUAAAGAGAGGAUGGGACAGGUCUAUGUUAGAAGCGACAAGAGCUAAAUUUGCACACGCACCUCUGCACACACACACACUCGACAAGCCUUCUUCACAGAGGCGCAUCGGUGCUGAACGACAAGUGUGUUUACGACAAACAAGUUAGUGACUUCAGAGACAGAAAUUAAGAAACAAACUUUGGACAAGAAGACUAACAGACACCCAAACAAUUGGCUGAACACUGACCCCCAGGAGACAUACAGGUUCUCCCAACGUGCAGCUAAAGAAGACGACAGAGCUAACUCAGCUCUUUGAGACUAAAACUAGACCUUGUUGGUACCCGAAGACCUGAGCUUAGAACCAGACCGGUACUUGUGGUUGAAGCCCAGAAGCUGUGGUCAGAAUUGGUUCAGAAACGGUCAGAAGUUCCGGUAAGAAGGUGCAGUCAUGCAGAAAAUGUCUGUGGUCCUGUUGGUGGGAGUCCUGACGGUGCUGGUGACUCUGUGGGCUGGAGUGGACACAGCCCCCACCCUGCUGACAGACAGAGGAGACAUAAAGCUAACAGGUCCAGCUACAGGCGACGAGAGAACGGAACCGUCAACGGUCAACGCUUCUAGACCACUGAAGACCACACUGAUGACCACCAUCCCUGUUGGUCGAGAAAAGACCUCCACACCCACCAGCAGUCUGGAUAGACGACUGAAGAUGGAUCCGGUGACGAGCAGUCCAGAUAGACGAGCCCAGAUCCUGAAGAUGCUGUCAGUGCUGGAGGAACUCAGCAGGGCGAUCAACAGCACUCUGAGCACACGGAUGACCAUGAUGCCCAGAGGGUCAGCAAACGGCAGAAAUUCAGGAAAGAAGAAGAAAGCGGUAGCUGAGGCGGAUAGAGUGAAAACCACCACAGUGCCUCCUGUGGAUGUUGGAGGUAGCGUCACUGCAUCCCGGCCCAGCACUGACGGCAUAGUCAGUCUGAGUGGCCGAAACUUCAAGAAGUCCCUCCCACAGCAACCCAAGAAGCCCAGCAACAAGAGAGUGUGUUUCUGGAAGUACUGCUCCCAAAACUGAUCCUCCACAGACCCUGACAAACACCCCUAUAAACAUCCAUGGUACCCGCCAAACCAACAUUCCCCCAUCCUACUCCCACCCUGCACCCGGGCACUAGGCAACCAAUGCAGCGAGGCAUCGGAUGCCUGGCGCCACCACUGACCUUUUCAUUGGCUCAUGAAUAACAGUACUGACCAAUCAGGUUGCCCCAUCAUUGACGUGUGUACUUGUGCCUAUGUGCACGAAAGUCUGUUAACCGUUUAUAGAAGAGAAAACACUGUGUGUGAUCUGUAAUAAAGAUGACCUGAGCAUGAUAAAACUAUAGGACAAUAAAGAGGUUU